CCGAGGCACGGGUGGCACCGGGAGUUCAGUUUCCUCUGGCAGGAGUGAGGGCGAAGGAGGAGCAUCGCUCUCACCUCUCCACCUAGACCCUUCCCGUUUUCCACCACCUCCAACACAGCUCUCUACCGCCUCCAACACAGUUCUCCACCGUCUACCACCACCACGACUAUAACCUCCACUACUGACACACUAACACGAUGGAUGAGGAGCAGAUCGCCAGAAAGUGCCGCUCUUUGGAGUCGUGGGCUGCAAGAACCUUAGAUCCACUAAGAGUGAGCAGUGAAGAAUUUUGGUUAGAUACGGUUGACAGGACGCUGCUCCUCUGAGCAACAAUGAGAACCGUACCAAAAAAAAAAAAAAAAUGGAAGAGGGGUGAAGAUGUCAAUAUACAAGAUAUCUAAGAAAAGGGAGUUGUGGAGCAACGUUAAUGAAAUGCACCUUUCUUGUAGCUGUUAUAUACAAAGGUCCCUGAGGAAGGCAACAUCCCCGUUGUUGACGAAGUCCAGCGCCCAAUGGUUUAACUGGUUCUUUUACAGGCGAAAAAGAAAGUCUGGUUGAAAACAACUCAUUGAAAAUAAUUCAAGCUUCUUCCAAAUGGACAAAGAACUACUGACUAGAAAAAAGUGAUUAUGCAAGUGAACCUCUACACAAAAUAAAUUUCAAGGAAGAGUAAUUUAGGGACAUAAUAUAAACAACGAAUAGUUGCAUGCAAUAAAAAGAGUCGAACAGAACAUACAAAACAUUUGUAAUGUAUAUAAGAGGCUUCCAGACGAGAAAACGAAUGCCAGGAGUUACACAGCAUAUAUCUCCUGUAAACCAGAAACCUCCCUAGGAAACCAAGAUACAACAGAAGUCGGCAAGAAGUGUUUCCAUGAAGAAGGUGUUCCAGAUGUUUGACCAGGGCAAGACGGGCUACGUCGAGUGUAACAAGUUUGUCAACAUCCUCAACACUCUCGGUCAGGCCUUCGACGAGGAUGAACUCAAGGCCAGAAUUGCCGAGAAUGACCCCAAUCAGGAAGGCAAAGUUGACUUCGAGAGGUUCUGCGCCAUCGUUAUGCCCUUCCUGGAGGAGGACGAUGACGAAGCCAUGCACGAGGAGCUGAAGGAGGCCUUCAGGCUCUACGAUAAAGGAGGUGAUGGCUACAUCACCACGCAGACGUUGAAGGAGAUCCUCAAGGAGCUGGAUAACAAGCUGACGGAUGAGGACCUUGAUGGUAUUAUUGACGAGAUCGACGAGGAUGGUUCUGGCACUGUUGAUUUUGAUGAAUUCAUGGAGAUGAUGACGGGCGAAUGAGAACUGUCACUUGUAAUGAUAUAUCUACGUUCACCUUUGCUAUACUGUCUCUGAAGUUAACCCCUCUUCCUCCUCCUCUCUCUCUCUCUGUCUUACCUGAAGCUACAUUCUGAUUAUUAUCUACAAGCUGAACUUCUCGUCACUCGUCAUCCUCGUCUUUCCCAUUCGACAACUUGCUCCUCCGCAAAACUAAAUUUUUUUUCUACUUUCAUAAACUCUAUUCUUUUAUCUUUUCUCCUCCUCCAUCUUCUUUUCACAACUUCUUUAUUCUUCAUUCCCUCUUUCUUUUCCCUUGACAUCUAAAACAAUCUUGAAUUAUUUCAGUCUUUUUCUAGCACUUCUCCGCCAUCAAAGUCCACCCUGAUUUCAAGUCCAGCAAAAUAGAUCUAAUUCAAAGUCAAGUGAGGUCAAGUGACCUUAUUUGACUGUGUACUUUCCAGUAAAAAAAUAUCAGGUGAUUAUUGUAAUAGAUAAUUGUGUUAAUAAAUUUUUUACAUAUACAAUACAA